UCCCUGUAGCACAUGGAGCAGAUGUUGGGAGCUUUUCAGAGUGACCUCAGCUCCAUCAGCUCUGAGAUCCGGACCCUGCAGGAGCAGUCAGGAGCCAUGAAUAUCCGACUUCGUAACCGACAGGCAGUUCGGGGGAGACUUGGGGAACUUGUAGAUGGGCUAGUGGUGCCCUCCACUCUGGUCACAGCAAUUCUGGAAGCUCCAGUGACAGAGGCCAGGUUCCUGGAGCAGCUGUAGGAGCUGGACGCCAAGGCAGCCGCAGUCAGGGAGCAGGAGGCCAGAGGCACAGCUGCCUGUGCGGAUGUCAGAGGCGUGCUGGACCGGCUCCGGGUCAAGGCAGUGACAAAGAUCCACGAGUUCAUCCUCCAGAAGAUUUAUUCGUUCAGAAAGCCCAUGACCAACUAUCAGAUCCCCCAGACAGCCCUGCUGAAGUACAGGUUUUUCUAUCAGUUCCUGUUGGGCAACGAGCGAGCAACAGCCAAGGAGAUCAGGGAUGAAUACGUGGAGACGCUGAGCAAGAUCUACCUGUCUUAUUUCCGCUCCUACCUGGGGCGGCUCAUGAAAGUGCAGAACGAGGAAGUUGCCGAGAAAGACGAUCUAAUGGGUGUGGAAGACACAGCAAAGAAAGGAUUCUUCUCGAAGCCGUCCCUCCGAAGCAGGAACACCAUCUUCACCCUGGGGACCCGGGGUGCUGUCAUCUCCCCCACUGAACUCGAGGCCCCCAUCCUGGUGCCCCACACUGCCCAGCGUGGAGAGCAGAGGUAUCCGUUCGAGGCUCUCUUCCGCAGUCAGCACUACGCCCUAUUCGACAAUUCCUGCCGUGAAUAUCUUUUCAUCUGUGAAUUCUUUGUCGUAUCUGGCCCAGAUGCUCAUGACCUGUUCCAUGCUGUCAUGGGCCGCACACUCGCCAUGACUCUGAAGCACCUGGAGUCCUACCUGGCCGACUGCUACGACGCCAUUGCUGUUUUCCUCUGUAUCCACAUCGUUCUCCGAUUCCGCAACAUCGCAGCCAAGAGGGAUGCCCCUGCCCUGGACAGGUCACCGAGCCCCGGGUCUGGGUGCCUAAAGGCUUCAGCUUUUUUUUUUUUCCUGAGACAGGGUUUCUUUGUAUAGUUUUGGUGCCUAGAUCUUGCUCUGUAGACCAGGCUGGCCUUGAACUCACAGAGAUCCGCCUGGCUCUGCCUUCUGAGUGCUGGGAUUAAAGCAUGCACCACCACCGCCCGGCCAAGCUCCAGCCUUUUAUCUUACACAGACAACUCCAUCCUGACCCUGACUCUUCCUCACCUGAUAUCCUUCCCCCUCCUGUGUGUGUCCCAGAGGCAGCAUUGGUCACACACACACACUAACCCAUCACCUCCUGGCUGGGGGUUCAGGCUGUCUGUCUGUCUGUCUGUAGGCAAUAAUAAGCACUUAAUGUAC